AUGGCUAAUCCUAUAUAUUCACCCAAUACACCAUUAUACUCACAUUUAUAUACGGAAGCUAGUCACUAUAAGAAUUAUGACAGAGACGAAAAGGACUAUCUAUCUCUUAGUAAAAAUCAAAAUACUUCAACAAAUACCUUUCAAUCUUAUAACAUUAUUGCCUGGGUUACAAUCAUGGUUUACGUAUGGGGUUUGAUUGCUAAUUCUUUAAUAAUCAUGAUCGUUCUACUACGUAAGCAACUGCAUGUAUCAUCUUGUCUUCAAAUUAGUAACUUCUCAUCGACAAGUAUUAUCUUUAGUUUUGCGGCUUUAUGCUUGGAAAUUACUAAUCAGAUUAUUUUGAUCAAUUUAACAUCACCAUUAUCGGCAUCAUUUGCUGCAUCAACGCAAGCCAAACCUGGAUUUAAUUUCAACGAUAACCAUUCUCUUGCUACCUUUCGCCCUAAUGGCAGCAAUCUGAUACAAAAUUUAAAUGAUUUCUAUUUCCCUUUGUGUGAAAUUUUAACAGGAAUAGUAUUUACAUCAGUUACUGCCGGUAUUUAUAUAUUAAUGAUGAUUAGCAUUCAACAUUACCAAGCAGUACGCACUAAUCAUCGUUGUCUAAUCGAUAUUAAACGAUUAAUGAAAAUCACCAUUGGCAUUUGGUUAGUUGCAAUUUCGCUUUGUAUACCCUACUCUCUAUUAACAGUUAAAACGUAUUUUAAGACAUUUAAGAGUCGUGUAUGUGCGUUCAAUAACGCCGAGCCAAGCCGAUUGGUUAUUAUUUAUAGUAUAACUUAUGCUCUAAUAGGCUUAUUAUUACCGAUUGUAGUUAUUUGUUUAUGUUAUUCUUUUGUAAUUUUUAAACUUUGUCGUGGUAUGCAAUUACGUUCACAUAUGACAAGUUCACGAAGUCAAGUCAAUUCUGGACUUGAGAGUGACUAUGAUCGUAAAUCAAGAACUGGUGUUCGGCUACUAAUCGUUAUAGCGCUCGUUUAUAUUUUGUGUAUAUUUCCAUUUUCAACUGCCCUGAUAUGGCAAUCUGUUCGCAAUUAUUAUAGAUCAGCAAUGUCGUAUGAUCAUCAACAAUGCAACAAUUGCUCUAUUAUCUCGUCGCAAUUGAGUCAAUAUAGAAGUGAAACUAAUAAUAAUUCAUCUGUUUCUCUAGGCACUUUUUUCUCCAUUGCUAUAAUAUGUUUAGCAAUGCUGUUUGGUUUAAAUCCAAUAUUUUAUCUCAUUUUUAAUCAGCGCUUACGUAAAGAGUUUCUAAAACGCUUUACAUGCCGCUUUAGGAAAACUUUCGAGAAUUCUGUUAAGUAUUAG